GCGAUAUUCUGUAGAAAAUCAAAUUAAAAAAUAAAAACGGCUGAUUUGGUCAAAAUGGAGGAACAAUACUGGGCCUUGAAUACGUGGAUGUUCUUUGUGGAUUACCACACUGCCAAACAACAACAAUGAACAGGUGGCAGACUACGGUAAACCUUUUACUCUUUUUAAACAAAGUAUAAAUAUGUGACUUCAAUGUUUUGUGGAAACUUGUAAGAGAAGAAGAAAUCCACUCAAACGACAGGAACAAUCAGAGGCAACAAGCAGCAGCUCCUCAGUCUGGUCAUAAAGUGUGUGACGCAGCUGACUGCUCCAGUAUGAAAGAGCACACUGUGUUCGUCCAGGCAGAAGGUGCACUGCACUACAGGUCCCCUCCACCUGUUGGUCGUGGGGCCAAACAUCUGACCACUGAACAGUGGACGGAGCAGGAGGAAGGACGCUCAGUGAUGGACAGGCUGCUGAGAAAGUGUCGGAUCAGGAACCAGCUGCUCAGACAAUGUCUGGCUGAAGGUCUGGGAGUCUACGUCAUGAUGCUGUUUGGAUGCGGUGCUGUUGCCCAAGUGACCACAACCAGAGAGACGAUGGGACAGUACCUGUCCAUCAACCUGGGCUACGCUCUGGGAGUCACUUUUGGCAUCUUUGUGUCCCAUGGAGUCUCAGGCGCCCACCUGAACCCUGCUGUGUCCCUGAGCCUGUGUGUCCUGGGCAGACAUUCGUGGUUCAAGCUGCCGUUCUACGCCGUCUUCCAGUUGAUUGGAGCCUUUCUGGCUGCAGCCACAGUCUAUUUGCAGUAUUACGAUGCCAUCCAUGCCUUCAGUGGAGGUCCACUCACCGUGUCAGGUCCCAACGCCACGGCAGCCAUAUUUGCCACAUACCCAGCUGAUUACCUCAGCCUGUGGGGAGGCUUCUUGGACCAGGUGAUCGGCACAGCUGCACUGCUGCUGUGCGUCCUGGCGCUCGGGGACCAGAGGAACAUUUAUGUCCCCGACGGUCUCCAACCUGCCCUCGUGGGAUCAGUAGUGCUGGUUAUCGGCAUCUCUAUGGGCUCCAACUGUGGCUACGCCAUCAACCCGGCCAGGGAUUUCGGGCCUCGUUUGUUCACCUUCCUUGUCGGCUGGGGAAAUGAUGUUUUCAUAGCGGGAGGAGGCUGGUGGUGGGUACCGUUAGUGGCUCCCUGUGUGGGGGCGUUGUUGGGAACGCUGAUCUACGAGCUGCUGAUUGAAGCCCACCAUCCUCCCUCUCCUCCUGAGGCCCAGGCCUCGUGUCAGGAGGUCACUGAGGACAAGACGGAGCUGGAGCUGGAGCUGGAGGAGGUGGAGCCAGGCCGCCAGAAAAACACCUCGCACUGAAAGAGAAGCCACGCUUGACAAGAAUAUAUAAAAAAAAAAACAUUUGUGCAUUUAAUGUAAUCCCGAUGUGACGGCCGACAAACGUGAGUAAAUGUGUAACACACCUGUGAUGUGGGAGGUGUUUAAAGGCAGUUGGAAACUUGGAAAUUUGAUGGCUGAAAGUUUAUUUGCCACCAUUUUUGUUGACAUAAAUAUUUGGUAUAACUACAGUGACUGUGUAGAUGUUGAAAUCUUUUCCUAAGAACGUUUUUAUUUAAUUAUUUCUGACGUGAUUAACCUCACAGAUUAAUUUAAGAGAUUCAUUUUGACGAAUGUUAAGAAACAGCAGAACCCAAACGUCAUCUUUUCCACAUUUAUUUUGAAACGGCACAAAUGUAUGGCAUUUCAGCAAGCAGACCACAACCAUUGAGGAAAGGAAACAAAAGGACAUGAGACUUUCCAAUAUUCAGCUACUGUAUAUAAAUAUGAUAGCAUGACAUAUAAAAGAUACAAACCAGAGGAGAAACAGAAAAACAAUCCGACCGACGGUCUCCUGACCACGAAGGCUGUUUUUGGAACAUACAAAAGAAAUGAAGAGUACAGCAAGCACUGGAUCUGCAGAUAAAAAAGAAGCAUCUGAGGAGAUAAACAUUUGAUUUUCAUACACGAUUAGACGACACGACCCUCACACGCUCACUCUGUUCUUUAAUUACAAUGUAUAGCUACCUCAGGGAGUUUGUUUUUUCUUUUAAACUUCAAAUUGUUCUUGGAAAAAAA